AUGUCGGGUUAUUUCAACAACGUAUACCCAAGUAAUGGGAAUAAUCGUAGUUAUGGUGAUCGUUCAUUUGAUCAACAACAACAUUCCGCUUCAAAUCAGAAUCAUUGGUAAGUUUUGACUGUUUUGUAUAUUGUUAUUGAUUUAGGCGAUCUCAGGAAGGUCCGAAUAUGCGCGGAGAGUUUGGACAGUUUCCUGUUUAUCCUGAAGGCAGUUGGUAGGUAAAAGGUUGAGCGUGUUGUGAAUGUUCAUUCUUUUGGUUUUGUUGGUGUUUAAGUUACAUUUUGAGAUUUGUUUAAAGUUUUUUGAUGUUGAAACUUUUGCAUAGACAGUAAAACAAAUUGUGCGGCGUUUGGAAUGUGUUGUUGUUUUCUUGCUUUGAAUGGUUUGUUAUUCUUUAUGAAAAACAUAUUAUCAUCAACCAAUCUUUAUUUAGGCGUCAAGAUCCGUUUUCGUCGAACCAACGUCAAGACAACAGUUUCAAUGGCCAAGAUUGGCGAGGAAGUUAUGGUCAACAAAAUGAAAGGUUUGAUGCUGGGGAUCAGAAUACGCAACAGAGGUACAACAAUCAGGAUAGGAAUAUUCAACAACGUUAUGGAGAAAGAGACCGAGGUGAUCAACAACAGCAGAGAUAUGAUGAUAGAGACAGGAAUGCGCAAUCACAGCAACGAUAUGAUGAGAAGGAUAGGAGUUCACAAAGAUAUGACGACAGAGAUCGUGAUUGGUAAGAUUUUUGGUGAUAUUGUUUUUAAGUUUAGGUAAUUCAAUGGAUUAAAGGGCUUAUAGCUUAGUGUAUGGAUCAGAUAAAGGCGAGAUUUGUAUUUAAAAUGGCACAAUAUUUAUUUUUAAAUAUAUUGUUUUAGGCGUUCAAACGAAGGUUCUGUAGGCUCUCGAAGUUCACAUUAUGAUGAUACUGAUCGAGAUUGGUAAGUAUUCUAUUUUCUUUGUCAGUUAAUGAUUAAAAAUUUGGUUUUAAAAAAUAAAAUGAAAAACUAUCCAAAAAUAAGAUAUUGAAUUGUAUUAUAAUAACCUUUAUGUUUAGGAGGAGAAACGACUAUAAUGAAGGUCGUAGUCGUCGUGAUGAUCGUGACAGAGACUACCGAGAUUCUCCACCGUCUAGACGAGACGAUCGUGAUUCAUGGAAAAGAAGAGGCAGUAGAGAAAGAAGUUAUAGACGAUCUUCACCAAGACGUAGCAGAUCUCCGGUAAUUAUAAAAAUUUUUUUUGGUUUUUAGGUAUUGAAUGAACAAAUGAGACUUGAUUUUAACAAAGAUGGUUAAAGAAAUUAAAUUUGUGGACCAAAAUGAUGAUUUAUUGUCUAAAUAGCGCAGUUUAAAUUGCAGUUUUAAACAAUAAUAUUACAGCCUCGACGAGACAACCGCGACACAAAUGCAACGAACAAAAUUAUGUUGACAGCAGUGCCAGAAGGUUUUGAUAGAGACGAAAUGAACAUAAUCAUCAGCCAACAAGGCUUCUCUCCAAUUGAUGUUAGGAUCAUUCACAAGAAUUCUGGUAAUGGCACAAGAUCUUUCGGCUUUAUUGAGUUCGAAACAGUCGAUCAGGCUAGAGAGUACAUCAAAUAUAAUAAUGUAGGUUUAUAUGAGGUUAUGUUUAAUUAAAACUAGCGGGAAAAAAGUAAAUUAUAAAAUAUGGUUCAACAUUACCUUUCUUAUUUAGGGCUUCCUCAAAUUCCCAAACAACUUCAACUGCCGUCUGGAAUACGCUCGUGAACCUCAAGGUGGUCAAGUUCCUGAAACGUCAAGAUCUGCCGGUUCAAGUGCAGGAGGUCCGGCUGAUUGGAACUGCUCAAAGUGUGGCAUUAACAACUUUAAUCGACGUGAAAAUUGCUUUAAAUGCGGGAUAAACAAACGGGAUUCAGAUGAGCUUGAAGCCAAAGGCUACAGUUUGGUCGGCAGUGAGCCUUGUGACAGUAAGUGCUUUAAUAUUUUGGUUAAGAUUAUGAAAAAAGAAGUUAUAUAGUAUUACAAAAUUUGAUGUUUAAGAAUAAUCUUGAUGCUUUUUAGAUGUAUAUCAUAUGAAUUUUAAAUUUUUAGGUACAAAAACGACUUAAAAUGAUUAUUUUUAGCCUUACUAGUACGAGAACUACCAACAUCGGCUAACGAACUGUCGAUUAUUCAAGCGUUUGGAUUUUAUUCAACCAUUCCAAUUCAAAGAGUACAUGUGGGAUCAUCGAAACGGUACUGUCUGAUGCAAAUGAGAUCAAUAGAAGAAGCUAGCUACUUCCUGCAAGCUUUUAACCGAGUGGUACCUCAAAUUAACAAUUGUGUUGGUAAGGACUUUUUCGAUAUUUAGAAAGAAAAAACGUUUGUUUAGGCAUCAAAUUCAAUUUUUUUAAAUUUUCGGUUUUUUUAAAUGGAAGCUAGGCUUAAAACUGUUUUUUAUUAGGUAUUAUUUUUAUCGAAAUUGUAUAAAAAAUUGAAAAUAUUGAGAAGAACGUUUGUAUUAUGAAAAAUUAUUUUUAGUAAUAGUAUCGUACUCUCGAGUAUCACUGAACAAAGUUUUGAUGGCCGACUCAGUCGAAGCGAUAAAAAGUCAAACAGGAGUGUCAACGUCACAGGUUCAGAAAGAUCCGACGAACUCGGCUGCUAUGUUAGCCUACAAUGCGAUUCAAAUGUCGAAAAUGGGGCGAGCACCAAACCCAAGUGAUCGUCAGACAAUAUCCACGCCUGUCGGAGUUUUUCCUAUUUACCGUAGGUUUUUUUGGCUGAGUUUUUGAUUUUUUAUAAUUUUUUUAGGUUUUGUUUUUUUUUUGAAAUAAUGAGAAGAAAAGAGCUUUGUUGUUGAAAUAAAAUUAAAAUUUCAAGCCUUUAAUGAUGCAACCAAUACUAUUUCAGCCAAACCAGACAGCCGAGUGUUCCAACUAGAACCGACUACAGGCUACUUUUACGAACCGAAUACUGGCUUCUAUUAUGACCCAAAAACAGAUUACUAUUAUGAUCCGGUGACUUGUCAAUGGUGCUUUUGGACAACCGAGUUUUCUACGUUCAUACCUUGUAAUGGAGAUAACAUGGAAGCGAGAGAAAGAUUGCAACAGAAUGAAAAGACUUUGAAGGAAAAGGAAGCGGCUGUAGAGGUAAGAGAGAUUUUUUAUGAUUUUUAGUUGAAAAUGUUGUGUUAGGUUAUAGAAAAUAGUGUUCUAGGUUUAAAAUGGCUUGAAAUUUUUAAAGUUUCAGUGUAAAAUAAAAAAGAAAAAUUUUUAGGUAAAAACAGUUGAAAAAAAUAAAAAUUAUUGUUCGUGUUUGUAGGUUUUGUGUUUGCAGUGAAGUUUUUGGUCCAAAAACGAUCUAAUAUACCUGCUUUUUGUAUGGGUUAAAUAGCUUUUUUUAUGUUUUACAUGAUAAACACGAUGUUUUUUUACAGCAACUCUUAAAAUAUGGAUAAAACUUCACUAUUGUGUCUAUUUUUCCAUCGUCUUGCUCGAUUUCAGGACGAUGACAUUCAAAUACUGGAGGAUUCUUUCCUAAAAACACCACGAUAUUUUAUGUCUUCACCUGAACACACACCCAUAACUUGUCAGUCUAUCACAAGGCACUUUGUUCAAAGCAAAACCAACCAAAUUGGCGAUUGCACCAGUGGAAUAAUGACUAAUAUCAAAAUUGUUGGAAGUCAAAGCGAUUCAAAUGAAGAUAAGAAUAUGAAUACAAAUAGAAGUGAGCUUACUGGUUCUGGAAGAGCGAAGAGUUUUGAGGAUUCUGGUCAAGAGUCGAUGAGAAAUGAAUUUGAGGUUUCUGGUGGAUCUUGUAGUAGGAAUUCAGAUGGACUUCAAAAUUCAGGCACCCGUUUGGAUGGAACAAGGUUUCUAGUAAAAGAAUUCUCUAGAAGGCGAGGAAUAAUCAAAAUUAACAAAGCUCAGAAUCUAACAAUGCUGGCAUCAAAAGCUUUUCCUGUGAUAAUCAGACCUUCAGUUACAGUCAAGAAGAUUGGUGGAUAUUACAUUCCCAACACGAAGGAUUACUCACUGUACCGGCGAAAUGGCAUUUUACCACGAAUUUUGCUCAAAAAGCCAUGUGCACUAACUGGUGAUAUAAGAAGAAGUGAAGAAAAAGAAAAUGAAGAGGAUGAUGAUGAUAUUCAAGUAGUUUAUAUCAAAAGAAUGGGUCAGGAAUUAAAUUUACUUGAUGAUAAAACUAAUACUAAUAAGGGGAAGAGCAACGAGAAUAUUCAAAGCAAUGUUAAGACUGAUGAGAAUAACCAUAAUAUGAAGAAAAAAGUUUUUAAUGAAACUUCAGAUAAGCCUCAAGAAGCAUCUGUAACAGCUCUUGGAUGUGGAACGUUCGAUCAGACUUCUAAAAUUUCGGAAACUCCGAAUACACAAGACUUGGAACAAAGAAAACGACUUAUGUCAUGGCUAAUGGAGGAAUCAGAUGAAUCUGUUCAUGCCAUCGAAGAUAAGAUUAAUAAUGAAACUAAUGUUGAAGAGGUAGUGAGCCAAAAAGGUUGUGGAACUUUUGAAGAAACGAAGAAUGACACUACUGGCGGGUGUUGUCUUGUUAUGAUGAACACUGGGAAUGGUUUGGGAGAAGAUGUUACUAAAGGUCUUGGUAGUGAAUCGAUGGAUGAUAAUGCGAAAAGUGAUGCUUUUGAAUCAACUGUAUUUCCUAUGAGGAGUUGUAUUGCUAGAUCAAGCGCUAUUACUACUAGAAGUCACGGUUUACAUUCAUCUUGUAAUAGCACAAGAAGCCACGGAGUAGAAGCAUCGAUCAAUAGUACUAGAAGCCAAUUAUUAGAAUCACCUUUUAAUACUACUAAAAAUCAAUUUUCGUUUAAAGAAUAUGACAAAACGCCUGUCCUAGAACUAGAAGAAGACGAAAAUAAUUCAGAAUUCAAUGUAUCAGAUGACGAAGAAGAUGGCUGGAUAGAUUUAGCUGAUUUACAGCCUAAAAGUGAUGUAAACUACGGAAAUGAACACGAACGAUCAGGUUUGGUUGAAAUGGAACAACAAGCUGAUGAACCGGAACCAGAAUACAAAACUGUUGGUGAAUACUGGCAUCAAUUUGAAGAUAAUCUCAGGAUCUUUAGAAAAGAAGGCGAAGGAGAUCCAGUUUUAAGAAGAUUUGGAGAAAAGAAUAAUGCUUAA